CGCGGGCUUUCCCCAGUGUCAUGUGACCAGGGGACAAAUGGAUCUUCAUUUCCCAUGGAUGAUAAUAUGGACAGAGGGGCUGAGCAUGAGUUAGUCCAGCACAGGAACAGCUGAAGACGACUGCUUUUUUCAGCUAUUGAGAACAGUGAAAAAGUUAUUGUCAACAAUCCCUACAAGGACCGCUGAGAUUACUGCUGGGAGUGUCGGCUCGCGACGGAAAUAGAACGCUCUGGAGAGGUAACUUAUUAACGUGCUGCUGUCGUUGUCUCAGGCAGGACAUCAUGUGAUCCCUGCUAGCAUUGCAGAAUCCGCAACACGCACUUAUACUUGCAACCGUAGCUAGAAGAUGGGACAAUCAGCACAGUGAUAUCCUAACAGGCUCGGUCACAUGCAAUCACUUAGUGUCCAGGGAGCUUCCUGUUCAUGGGCAGCAUGGAGGAACCUGUAGAGGAGUACAAGUCUCCGUUCAACUUUGAGCAGGGAGUGAACACCAGCUACCUCUACCUGUCACCUGAAGAGAGCUUCACUCCACCUGGUUCACCGGCACUGCCGCUCAGAGGGCCCAAGAGUCCAGACUUCAUCCCAGAAGUAGGCGAAGAUGCAGUGAAUGCAGUGCCUUGUUCGCCCUGCAUGGCCCUAACUGAGGAAGAGCAAGCAGAGCUUCACAGUGAACUAGCAAAGGUAGAAGAUGAGAUCCAGACACUUUCUCAGGUGCUGGCGGCCAAGGAGAAGCAGGUGGCAGACCUCAAGCGGAAAUUGGGCAUCAAUCCACUCAACGAGUUCAAACAGAACCUGAGCAAAGGCUGGAAUGAAGUCACCACCUCCACUGCGUAUAAGAAGACCUCAGAGACCCUGUCCCAAGUGGGUCAGAAGGCGACGACGGCGUUCUCCAGCGUGGGCUCAGCCAUUAGCAGAAAGCUAGAGGACGUGAGAUUACAGUCAUUUUCCAAUUCUUUUGGUAUACGCUCCAUACAGCAUUCGGCUAGCAUGCCGGUGAUGAGAAACACACCCACUUUCAAGUCAUUUGAGGAGAAAGUGGAAACCUUAAAGACCAAGAUGAGCCCGACGCCAUCGACAGGCGAUACUGAAGAGGUUUCGGAAUCCACACCUGAUGGAGAGCCAGUGGCUGAACACCCAGAGGGAACUUGUCCACCAGAUCAAAAAACGCACUGAGGAUCCUCCCUCAAAACGCUCCCCUCUUUCUCCUCCUGACCUCCUGUCCCUCUUCUUCCACUUCACAGCAGUACUUCUACAUAGUCACAGUGAGCUUUGUUCUGUGGCCAUAUUUUUCCACUGUAGUCUGGGUCAUCUCCAGACGGGACGUGGUAGUCCUACACUGGAACAGAUGUGUCAGAAUGUGAGAUGCAUGUUCACUCGUGCACUGUCAGAGCAAGAUAUUACUCAUUCAACUGCAGCAUUGACCUCUGACCCCUAACUUCAGGUUUGCCUACAUGAGAGGCUCAGGCUGUCCUUUAGAAGUCCCUAAAUGUUUCUUUUUACACGUUUAAAGAAAAUAUCCUAAAGUCUUUAUAUAUAGUUUAAAUAUGUAAUUGAAUUUGACUUUUUGUUUGUGUACAUUCUCUGUAACACAUCCCACUACUUAAAAUUGCCAGCCAAAUUAACCAAAAUUCUCUGUGUAUAUAGUUCCUUUUUCCAUUUUUAAAACAAAUGCCAAAAACUCAGAACAUGAGUUCUGUCUCUAAGUGUAUACGUUAAACUAAAAGAUUUUUGCAUAGAAAGUAUAUUGAGUUUAUUAUUAGCAUUAAUAUCAAAUAUGAUCAAACAGUAGUGAUGUUACACUAUUACUCUAUUUCUAUAUUUUGGAUUCUUGAUUAGCUUUAGAGAGUUUGUGUCAUUAAAUGAGCAGCCUUGAGCGUACGUGCUUUGCGACUUAAUUUCUCUUUAUUUUGUAGCGUUAGUAUAGUCACACCACUGAGAUCCCAGUGCCUUCUGUUUCCUAAAACUGAGGAGGUUUAAUCUCACUUUAAAGGUGUUUCUGAUGGCUUUGUAAUUUGACCACUGCUGCAUUUCUUUCUUUCUUUUUUUACCCA